AUGGAACAAUCGCCAGGGACUGGAACUAGAGCAAAUGAGGAGUACAUUGGAAGAGGCGAUUGUGGAAACGCGCAGUACGCCUCUCGAAAAUCGACCGCGACUUCCCCGCAUAGCCCUAAGCAAGGGGAAUCGGGCUGUCGUGAGGGCUCUGAACCCAAUGCUGGUGACCUAUUUGGAAGCCAGUGGGGACCUUUGCGAGACGGACUCAAUUCUUUUUGGCGCCGUACUGGCGCCAAAAUCUCCACGGCUGGAUGCGCUACUGGACAAAAUAGUGCUAUCCCAGCCUGGAGAAUAAGAAUUGAAGAACGUAUCGCAAAGGCUAGGGCCCUCAUCGGUAGACUGAUAUGCUUCAGGUCAGGCAAUACCAGGCCAACGAUUGUGCGCACCGUCAGGAUGGCGUUUGCUGGGACAAAUGUUAGUUUGUCCCAGCCGGAUAUAAUGCAAAAUCUGACGGAGCGCAUAGACGACCUGAAGCAGAGAAUCGCUGCUUGGGGAAGACGGAUUCGGCGAUAUACCGAGAAGUCGACACGGUUCAACUAG